UGCUUGAUUACUUCAAUGCUCUCACCCCGAUGUCGUCCCUGUGUCCUCCCUCUAUCCCUCCAUUUGUCUGUCCGAUUGCAGCAAGCGGUGUCAAGUCAGGCACUCCUCUUUUUGGGGCACCGCGACUGACAACUGACCGCCAGACAAUCACGCGGACACACACCACCCCAUCACACAGUCCUCGAAAGGAACUCUCACAGACAUGUACCCACCGACCGACCCCAUCAUUCAUGCCUCACAUGCACUCUCACAUCGACCUGAUGAGCUCGUCAGUGCACGAUGAAAUCACCAACAAAGAAAGUGAGCCAGACAAAUAUAUCGAAGGAGCAAACUAUGUGUGUGUGCACGAACUACCCAUGGCGUAGCGGCCAGCGCAUGGUCACCCCCCACCCCUGCCCACCGCUCCCGGAACACACAACACGCACAGCCAAUGAAUUCAUUCAUGUGAUGGAUAAAGCACAUACGCAUUCAACAUGACACAGCAAAAAUCACGAAUGGAAACAGCGAUUGUGUGCACGUGUCUGGACGCUACAGAGAGGACUGAUGCCGUCCUGUAAUCCUAUCUACCACAUCCAAUUCCUGGGGCCUCCGGGGUUCCUGCAGACAGCUGGAUCGUAGUCAUAUCCAGUGACGGCCUGAAAAGACAUACAUACACAUCCAAACCCAGCACAGGUGCUCAGUGGGCCUUCGCUGUUUGUCUAGUCGCAUGUUCGCUCGCUUACGAUUGCAGUGCACGGGAGGACGUUGUUGUUGCAUGUGAUCUGCAUGAACAGAUGAUGGAACGCGUGAAAGGCAGGGUAUCCGUAGGGGCAGUGUCUCCUGCACGGCAAUGUGGAGACCCGGCGUACGUACCUGGACCCGGUAAUUACGGAAGCCGAGGAAUGAAAAAGUCCUGACCCAGACAUUCGUUGCCAAAGUCCCCCCGUUCGCCCCGACGCAGUCGUCAGGCAAGGGGCCGGGUCUGCGAUGCACAUGGACAAAUCGUAGCGAAUGUGUAUCUAGCGUAUGGAUCCGUAGUGAGUACCGAAUCUCGCAGAUUUCCAGACGCAUUCCGCCGAGCGACUUCAAAUUCCAGUUGUGACGAUCGAAUGCACCAGGGUUGACUGAGGCUCUGAUGACCCUUGUCUGCCCCGCGCCGACAAGGCCGAUGAUUUGAGGCCCGUGGAUCUCUGCGCACAAGACAGACACACACACAGUGUCCGGUAAAUGAAACGACAAGAUGCCCUUCCCUCGUUCUCGUCGCUUACUGGAGCAUGGGAAUUGCUCAGAAGUAACAUUGGUGCCGUUGUCGGUGACGUUGCUCACAGGCUCAGAGAUACCCUCAUACCAGGCAGCUGCAUGUGGCCACACACACACGUGUGCGUCUCUCUGUCUCUCCCAGCGUUCGUGUGUGUGUGUGCAUCAGUGAUCAUACGAAGGUUGAGGUCCUUCAUCUUGGGGUCAUCCUCGUCGCCACCACCGGUCCUGGUCCACACGCGGUCGCCGUGCACAACCACCUCGAUGCCCUCCGCGGCGUUCUCCAUGAGCACCGUGGAGAUGGCAUUGAGUUUUUUCACCCUGUUGGCCUCCUCCGGUGCGACCUCAACCUCCUCCCCAUCCUCGCCGAUGAACCUGGGAGCCGCUGCAUGAAGAAGCCACGCACAGGGAGAGACGGCACAGAAGGAGAAUGCAUAUCUGUCAAAUCUCAAGCGCGGCCACGCGCAUGAGGGGAGUGGCUCACGUUCACGUUCCGCUUGCAGUCUGCGGAUCUGGCAGUUGGCGACGCCCGCGAGGGCGAUGAGCAGCAGCAGGCAGAAGACCUUCAUGAGGGGAGGAGAGAUCGGGACAAAGAUAAGAAGGACCGCACAAGAGAAGGCAGAGAUGCGGGCAGCAGUAGGCAGAUGGGAAGCUUCAAAAGGGGGAGAAGUCCGCAACGGCGCCUCAUCCGCAACGGCGCCGCAACGCAGUCAGACAAGUGGCGUGAGUGCCAGUGCCUGCCCUUCG